AUGAUCCAAAAUGAUAAAGGAAUAUUCCGAGAGGCAUUCAAAAGUAAAAGUAAAACAACAGCGACAUUCCAAAUCCAAAAGGGCAGUUCUACUCCCUCUCCCCUACCUUCGUCACGCGAUAAAAGCAUUCCUUCAUAUUUAUCUCUGCUUCUCCAUGUAUUUCUCCUUCAAAUCUUCACACGUUUUCACAGAUCACAGGAUUUUGGGGGUCAAUUGAUCAACAUGGAUAUAGAUGCAGGAGCUACGUCAGCUGUUGACACUGAUAAUCAGCAAACGCCCGUUCUUCGUGGCCGGUCUAAAGCUAUACAUCAGUUCACACAACAAACUCUCCCAGCUUGUAAACCUGUUCUAACACCAGCAUGGGUCAUUGGAACAUUCUUUAUGAUGGGUGUACUUUUUAUCCCUGUUGGAUUAAUUUCUCUUCAUGCUUCACAAAGUGUUCAUGAAAUUGUAGACAGAUAUGAUGUUGAUUGUGUACCCGAUAAUUUCAAGAGCAACAAGAUAGCUUAUAUCAAGAAUUCAUCGGUUUCAAAAAGUUGUCAUAGGUAUCUAAAGGCACACAAACAUAUGAAAGCUCCAAUUUACAUCUAUUAUCAACUUGAUAACUUUUACCAAAAUCACAGAAGGUAUGUGAAAAGUAAAAGUGAUGAUCAACUUCUACAUGGAUUAGGAUACAACAAAACAAGUUCAUGUGAACCUCAAGCAUUCGAUAAUGGUCUUCCAAUAGUUCCUUGUGGAUUGAUUGCAUGGAGUUUGUUUAAUGACACGUUUUCAUUUUCACGUGGGACAAAAAAAUUGGAAAUUGAAAGAAAAAAUAUUGCAUGGAAGAGUGAUAGAGAACACAAAUUUGGCAACAAAGUUUAUCCAUUCAAUUUUCAAAAUGGAUCAUUGAUUGGUGGUGGAAAGCUUGAUACAACUAUCCCACUAAGUGAUCAAGAGGAUCUUAUUGUGUGGAUGCGAACUGCUGCUUUUCCAAGCUUCCGGAAGCUUUAUGGAAGAAUCGAAGAGGAUCUAGAAGAAGAUGACAUCAUCAUAGUACACCUCAAAAACAACUAUAAUACUUAUAGUUUUGGUGGAACAAAAACACUUGUCCUUUCAACAUCAAGUUGGUUAGGUGGAAAGAAUAGUUUUCUUGGGGUGGCUUAUAUUUUUGUUGGCUCUUCUUCCAUACUCAUUGCCUUCAUCUUCUUGUUGCUUCAUGUCAAAAACCCUAGACCAUAUGGGGACACGAUUUUGCAUAUUUUAAAAAGAUGAUGACAGUUUUUUCAAAUUGCUGCUUCUAUCGUAUGAUACAUCUGAGUUGCUGCAUGUAAUUAUACAAAAUUUUCUCCAAAGAGACUUUUGUUUCUCCUAUGUAAAGAGAUUUGCUAAAAUGCCACCUAGGCAGCCACACACCAAUGGGUCCCACAUGAAGAAAGUAAAAUGUUUCUCUAUGUAUUGUGGUGAUAUCUUUUGUUAUCUUCUUGUUGCUAAAUGUGGUAUUUUUGAAUAUGUUGGAAGCAACAUGAUUAUGCUAUGAUGUCAUUUUGCUAAAAGGUUAUACUUGGAUCGAAUGUUUUUGCUUUUGAUUAGAUCAUCCUGUUGAGGGCCUGUUUGUUACAUGGGACAGACAAAACAUAAUAUAAUGAUUUUAUAUAAUGAUUUUGUUCUGUGUUUGAUAUGCAUUGGAC